CUUUGUAAUGGACGCAGGAAGCAAAGCGAAGCGAAGCCGGAAGUGAGCGCGGGUCACGCUCGCAGCUCUUUGCUCUUUGGGGUGGUGACGCUAAACCAGAGAGCCGCCUGGUCGCCCUGCCUGGGAUGGAUUUAGAAGAAGCUUUUCAAGUUGUCGGUGAGUUUGGGCCGUACCAGAAGCGGGCAGUGGCUGUCCUCGUUCUGACACAGGUGUACAUGGCCUGUCAGUCCAUGCUGAUCGUUCUGAUUGGAUUUACGCCACAGUACCGGAUCGAGCAGCAGGACGGUGUCCCAUCCAGCCAGCAGGAGCUCCUCCGACACGUCGUCUUUACAGAGGACGUCGACUCCAUAGUGACCGAGUGGUUUCUCAUCAAGCAGCAGGCCUAUAAGGUCAGUUUAGCUGGGUCGCUGUUCUUCGCCGGGCUUCUGGUCGGGAACAUCGUCUUUGGGCCGCUCUCUGACAGGAUCGGCAGGAGACCCGUCUACUUGACAGGUCUGUUUUUUGAGGUGAUCUUUGGUUAUGUGACCGCCUUCGCACCCAGCUACGAGGUCUUCGCUGCGUCUCGUCUCCUGGUGGGGCUGAUGAACGGCGGCAUCGGCCUCGUCUGCUUCGUCCUCACUCAGGAGUACGUGGGCAAGUCCUACUGGGCCAUGACCGGGACAUUGACCAGUAUGGCCUUCGCGGUCGGCAUCGCCCUGUUUGGAGCUCUGGGCUACUUUGUCCAGCCGUGGAGGAACCUGGCCACAGUGGCCAACUCGUCCGGCGUCCUGUUCUUCCUGCUGUCUGUCACUCUUCCAGAGUCUCCUCGAUGGCUGUAUUCUCAGGGUCAGACGCAGCGAGCGGAAGAGGUUCUGCGCUACAUGGCGCUGAGGAACGGCAACGCUGCCAACAACCUGAUGUUGCGGCGAGUCGGUGCUGCUAAAGCCGGUAACCAUGACAGCAGGGGGGCAGGGGUCCUGCAGCUGGUGAUCCAUCCAGUCCUCCGUCUGAGAACCAUGGUGCUCAUGUAUGUCUGGUAUGCGUGCAGUCUGGUGUACUACGGUCUGACUCUGGGGGCCAGUGAGAUGUCUGGUAGCCGCUAUGUGAACGUAGCCAUGUACGGCCUGGUGGAGCUGCCCGCGUACCCGCUCUGCAUUUAUUUCAUCAACAAACACUGGGCUGGGAGGAGGAAAAGCAUGGCUAGUUUCCUGUGUCUGGCCGGCUCUGCCUGCCUCUGCACCAUAUUCAUCCCCGAAAACACAGGAACCUUGGUGAGCGUUACAUCAUUGGCGCUUCUGGGAAAACUGAUGGUCAGUGCAGCGUUCAACAUCGCCUACGUCUACACCUCUGAACUCUACCCAACAGCUGUCAGGAACGCUGGUUUGGGAGUUUGUUCCAUGUCGUGCAGAGUUGGAGGAAUCCUUGCACCAUUUGUUCCUUCCAUGCGGGCUCUCCACACCUCCAUGCCUUUCACUGUGUUCUGUCUGAGCGGUCUGUCUGCAGGCUGCCUGGGCCUCCUGCUGCCUGAAACCCUCAACGGACCUCCAGCAGAAACUCUGGAGGACCUCAGCUGCCCGACCCACAGCCGAGUGCUGGAGAGCAAGGCUCUUUUGUAUGAAGAUGACAAAUGGAAGUCGAACCACAAAUGAAGCCAGCGGCCUCGUCUUCACCACUGGAGACAGACUGUCCACACCUCAUUUCUUAUGGAACUGCUGCCUCAAUACGGUGAACUGUUCCUUUUAAUUAUCUUGAAGGACUGAUCACAAUGUUCACUUUCAUGUCUGUGAACUGUGAAAUUUCAAAUGGGGCAGGGACGUAGAUGCCGACCGACGCUCUGCCUUCAGGAAGAGGGCAUUAUCGACCGACUCAACGGUUCCUCUUGUAUCUAAUUUUACAGAAAAGCCAGACAGUCGAUCCCCUGCCUUUAAUUAAUUUCCUGAAUAUCGUCUUGGUGUUUGUGCCUUAUUAGGAGGUAGACAGUCAAGAGAGACAAGGACAGAUAUGUGAUUUACAUUACAUUCCAGAGAAUCUGGGAAGUUGGAAAAUCAAACUUGCUGCUAGCAAAAGUGUGAUGGAGUGGUUGGCUUUCCCAGUAGCACAAAAGGACAGUGUUUCAACUCUAAGAGUUGCCAAAAUGGAGUUAUAAGACAUGACAUUGCAGCAGGAUACACACACCACACAUGCUUAGUUUAAACAUAUUAAUGUUCCUCAAAAUACAGUUAAGUUAGAUUUUUAAGACCACACUGAUUUUCAGGAGGAAACGUGCUCGAUGCUCAACCAUGAAAUCUUUCUGUCGUGUCUCCGGCAGAUAGCUCUGUCCUGUACGCAUGCUAAAGUGUUAGCAUACAGUGCUCUAAGUGCCCCGAGGCAAACCAGCAUUGUAGACUGUUGACUAUUCAAUACAUGCUUGCAGUUGCUAAGAGUAUAUGAUUGGGUACAACAUAAGGUGAUGAUCUUGCAGCGUUUUUCUGAACAGAAAACUAGAACAUGUUGCGGUCAGAAUUACAAGCUUCUAGCUGGGAUUUGUUUUGUGUCUGACUCUGUAAAAGGACACUGAAACUAGAUGCCAUGUACCUUAACCUGCUGAUCCAUUAGGACACCCUCAUGCAGGAUAUAGUAUGAGGCAUUAACCAGUGAUGAUGAAGUUAGGGCUAGGGGUUAGCUCAUGAAGGUCUGGACAAAGUCACUCACAUAAAUUGGUUAGAAAAGGGCACAUGUAACUUCAAACCAAUACAUUUCUGUUGCAGAUAACUAAGGGCAGAACCAGUGCUCACCUGUAAGUUGUCCAUCAUUAUCAUCAGCUGCUUUCCACCUGAACUGAAAACUAACUGGAGAUGUCCAAAGGGAACGUGUUUAUUAAACAGACAGCCAGUCGAACAGGUUUCUAGACAUUAUGAAAGAUCUCGUUAUCCCAGCUGCUUUUGAAGCAACUCAAGAGCACAUCCAUUGAGACAGAUGAGCACAUUGAAUCACAUGAGUUUAGUGUUCAUAAUGAAUAACUACAUAAAUGAUUCUCCAGAUCAGUCCUGCAUAUUUCAUGAGCUACCGUGACCAUAAAUCAUACUCUACAUAUAAGUUGGGUUUGACCGAAAUGUAUUUAUAAAGACCAAAUACACCUCGUCUCGUUUAAAUCAGAGGUUACUAAUAGAAGUUAAAACGCCUCUGUUAGGCUGGACACAACCAUUUACCACUCUUAAACUGAACCAUCCAAAACUAUAGUACUAGAAACUAAUUAAAAUAAGAAUUGAAUUUACGAUUCAAUAAACAUCAUGAAAUACUUGAAUGAAUAACAAGCUAGGAAACUCAAAUAUAAUGCCCAUAAUAAGGCAAUCGGCUGUUUAAUAAAUAAAUCAAACCUUUAAUCAUUUCAUCAUCAUUUGAGUCAUAAUCAUGCAGCGCUGCAGCCUGAGGGUCAGUCAGGAGCUAAUCCUGUUUGGGACCAAUGCAGUUCUGGCGUUUCACCCCCAGCUGUGGGAUGAUUUAUGUUUAUUUAUUUUCUCUCUCAUCUAGGUCUUUGUGUCUGUUUUGUGUGCCCGCUUAAGACAGUCAAUGCAGUUGGAUGAAAACUUUGUACCUCCCAACAAAUCUGUAAUCAAUAAAAAGACCGUUUGUGGUAGUGACCAAGGAUAUUUGCAUGAGCAUGAUCAGGCUCAUGAAAAGAUACAAGCCAAUGCAUAAAAUAAGCUAAGUUGACACUAAUUUAUAAUGGGACCAAUGUGUGCUUGACUUUAGACAUAGUAAUCAAUCAAACCACCACUCCCUCUGUGUGUGUGUGCGUGUUUAUUUUAUCAAACCAUUACUACCUUUUUGUGGGACAGGUCUUGAACUAGCAUGGCCGUAACAUCCCCCACCCCAAAAUGAUUUGAAGUGAAGUCUGAAGGUUUUCCGUGCGACAGCAGAUGGAAACACUCGACCAACAUUCUGCCUUCUGUGCCUUUAACUCUAAAGUUAAGAUUUCAAAUGCAAAGUGCUAAAAAUAAUAUUGAUGAUGAUGUAAUAAUAGAAAACAAAUGUUUCCUGAGGUGUUUUAUAUUCCAUCAUUUUGUAUUGUGUAUACAAUCACACUAUUAUAAUGUGUAUAUUGUAGAUAUACUGUAUGUACAAUAUUUAUGGGUCCUUGAAAUGUUGAAUGAUCUAUUUAUGUUAAAGGCAGUAAACUGUUGAAAACUUCCUAAAUCCA